UACGUCGGUACGUGCGCGAAAACGCUCCCUCUCUCUCUCGUUUUCCCUCUCUCGCUCCCGUCCACCCUUUACUCUUCCUCUCCUCGCGUCUCCUUUUAUUAUACUUUCUAGAGUAUUUUAUAUAUCCAUAUUCCAACGAAAAGUAAGAUAACUGCUUAAUAGCCUCUUAUGCUCUUCGCUUUAUAUUGUGCAUUCAAUCAUGCGAGGAACAAAUAAUCAGACAAGAUGUACGAAUCGGUCUGUGGUGUGGAACUUAUACGCAGGGGGUUUUAAAUAAACGAGGACAUAUCAGAGUGCGGACUUGCGAUCACCUGUGAUCCUUGUCAACAAAGAGCCACGAGAGAGAGAAGAGCUUCGGCAGCGCCAAGGGGUCGCGAACAAAUGUGCGAGGAGUAGUCUGUUGUCCAGACACACAUACAUCCGGGGCACUUUACAAGACUCUCGGGCUAUUACAUUGUGCCACGAUACGUAUAAAGGUAACUGUAAACGGGAUAUUUUCCAUUGAGAUGUUUCCUAGUAUCCAGAAGAAGGACUACAGAGUCCUGGACUUGGUGCGUCAAAGAGAGAUACAAGACUCGGUGGCGUACACGAUUCUACAAAAGCUGCACGUUACUGAAAAUCUAAUAUCGCGCCUGGGCCUGGAGAAGGAAUUGAACGGUCACUCGGGAUGCGUCAAUUGCCUAGAAUGGAACGAGAGUGGACAAAUCCUCGCAUCGGCAUCGGACGACAAAGACAUUAUACUGUGGGACCCUUUUCGUUAUGAAAAAAAAUUGGUGCUUCACUCGGGCCAUCGUGGAAAUAUUUUCUCUGUAAAAUUUAUGCCAAAAUCAAAUGACAGUGUACUGGUGUCAGGUGCGGCGGACUGCAGGAUUCGGGUGCACGAUCUCACGCUCUCCGAGCCGAUAUUCACAUGUAAAUGCCACAAACAGCGUAUUAAGCGCAUUGCUACCGUUCCCAGCAUACCAUUUUUAUUUUGGAGCGCGGGCGAGGACGGUCUCUUCAUGCAAUACGACAUUCGCACGCCGCACGUAUGCAAGAGCAACGACCACAGCGUACUUGUGAAUCUGGUGUAUCAUACGGGUUGUUACGCGGAGGGCAAGUGCAUCGCUGUAAACCCGAGGAGGCCCGAGCUGAUAGCCAUCGGUGCGAACGACGCUUACAUUCGGAUGUACGAUCGGCGGAAGAUAAAACUCUCGCAGAUUCCGCCGUCUCCCUCUAUACACGACAACUCGAAUGGGGCGAGUAUUAGCACGUAUCGAGCGGGCAAAGGCGAUCCGGACAACAAUAUCCCACCGGACAGCGCGCAGUACUUUAUCGCGGACCACCUCCGCUCUCGUGACGGUGCUAGGAGCAUCACGACCACAUAUUUGACAUUCAGUGACGAUGGAAAUGAGCUGCUUGUCAACAUGGGUGGAGAACAGAUUUACCUGUUCGACAUCAACGACACGAACAGUUCGAAAACAUUUUUCGGCUCGUCGUGGAAGAAUCCAGGAUCGAGAGAGCGAGCUCGUAAACGCGAUGGAUACCACGUGAGACGGAACACCGAUGACACGGGGGAUUUUGUAGACAAAAAUAUAGAGGUAUUGCCACCACAUGUUGAAGAAAUGAAGCGCCUAGCGAAAGAGGGCUAUCUGCAGGAGAAAUUUUCACUAGCGAUUAAUUUGUAUAAUAAAGCAAUCUCACACUGUCCUACGGCAGCGGUACUGUUUGCUAAUCGAGCAGCUGCUUAUAUACAACGCGCUUGGGAUGGCGAUUUUUAUGCUGCUUUACGAGAUUGCAAGACGGCACUGCUUCUUGAUCCGGAAUACAAAAAAGUUCAUUUGAGAUUGGUACGUUGCCUGUUUCAUUUAAAUCGAUCGAUUGAAGCUGACAAGGUGCUCAAGAAUUUUCUACAAACAUUUCCAGACUGUACAUCUAAUGAGGAGGUUAACAAAUUGAAGAAGGACGUGGCAGAAGCUAUCGAGGCCGGUAAAGAUAUCACACACACCAGGCAGACGUUUCUUCCGCUGUCGGAAUACGAGCAAAACUGGCGACACAAUACAAUCGAUUAUAAAAUGAGAUUUUGUGGCCAUUGCAAUACUACGACUGACAUUAAAGAGGCGAAUUUUUUUGGAAACAAUGGCCAAUAUAUAGUAGCCGGGUCGGAUGAUGGUUCCUUUUUCAUCUGGGAUCGUAAUACUACUAAUAUCGUACGUGUGUUGCGAGGGGACGAAAGAAUCGUCAAUUGCUUGCAACCACACCCAUCUAUGUGUUUGUUAGCUACCAGCGGCAUUGAUCCAGUGAUCAGAUUGUGGAGUCCGUGGCCGGAGGAUAACAGCGUGAACGAAAGAGAAAUUAAGAAUCUAGACGACGCCGCGUCAGCGAACCAAGUACGCAUGAACAGUGAUCCAUUUGAGUUAAUGCUCAUGAACAUGGGAUACAGAUUUACCGUUCCCCAGCACGAAUUUAGCGACGAGGACAGUGAAGAUCAGCACGAUCAGCAGAUAACGCCAGGUUUGAAUUGUAGACCAAGCUAAAUUUUGUAAGAGGCACACAAAAAGCAACGUAUUAACGGUGGCUAGAUAACUGAGAAUUACGUAUCGACAUACGUAUUAUGAUCUGUCGCAUUAUUACUUCGAUCUUGAUUAUUUAUUUUCUCCUUUCACCGAUAUUUCUUCUUUCUCGAAGCACUUUUGUUGUAAUAAUCUAAGCUCUUGUGGCAAGAUCAAGGGCAGGAUAGAAUCUUAUUUGCCAGGCAUUGUGGACAUAUUGUUAAGAGAUGCAAGAAAAAAAAACUUGAACAAGUUAUUAUAUUUCAAGAUUCUUAUAUAAGAUGUAGAAUUAAUAAUAUAUCACGUUAUAUCUCUUUGUAUAAAAUGGAUUUUAUUUUUCUCCCCUACGAUAAAAUGACGAGAAAGCACUGUUAUACAUAAAUUUCGUUCAUGAGUUUGUCAACAACAUUAAUAUUACACAG